CGUAACCUAGCAACCCGGUUCACCAUACCGGGCCCAGCAAGCAGCUGGAGCGCUUGCGAAGUGGAUUCUUGGCCAUUAUUUUUCCUUUCGUUGUCAAACGUAUUAGGUGUUUUGUGUCUUCUAAAGAUUUAGAAAAUAAUCAUUUUGAAACUCACGUCUUUAUUAUCCGUAUCGAACAGCUUAAGAAAGAGUUUUUUUCUAUAUGUGAUGAUUUUCUUGUAUAUUUUACGUUCCAUAUAAUGAAGUGUGUAGCACCAAUGUUCCAAAACACCUAAAUAGUCAUAGAUUUCAAAAAAUAGCAUUUUUGCAUUUGUGAUGACUCUAAUAUUCAUACCAGAAAAGAAAAACAGCAUGAACGAACUAUGAUGUACCAUUAUACUCAAUUAUCUACUGGACGAAUAUUUCACGACAUACCCAGGGGCAACAGUUUGCACACAAUGUAAUAUUGUCAAUAACGAAGUAUCAAUGGCCCCUGAUUUUGUUAUGGUGCGAAUGCUAACAGCACAAAUAGUACUGAACCUAUGUCUUUUACUUUUAAGAGAUGUGGCAGCGUCUUUUAAUUUGUAUCUAAGGCCUCACGAAGUAAACAGGUUGCUUGGUCUAAACGCGGAACUUCGGUAUGUGAACAAUGGAACUGUCAACGAUUACGCAUUAGGAUUUGUCGUCAUGGUUCCGGACCACAUCUCCGAGCUCCACUUCACAUGGCAAAGCUUACGACAUUCUCCGAUCCCGUAUUCAAUCACUUUUACUGUGAGUAAUCCAGAAGCACUUAGCGUACCUCAACUCAACAUCUCUAGGACAGGAACCAUACCGACAAAAGAAGAAGUUUUCCGGCUGGUGCUGCAGUGCACGGGUAAAGUUAAUGCCGAAGUGGAAGUUUUCAUGAAUUUCAACAUCACGAUGGUGCCCCCUUCCUCUAACAUCACUCACUUAGUGCUCAAAAGGAAAAAAAUAUGCCUUAAAGAUGAUGGCAGUAACGGCACACUCAUGAUCGACGCCAUGGUUGCCACCAGUAGCUCUUUUUACAUUGGCGUAGGCUGUGCAUGUGCCGUCAUCGUACUGAUGGCUAUCGUUGCUCUUACGAUGUACAUGAAAACCAUGAAAGCCAGAAGGACAGAUGUUAUUCAGUAA